AUGUCGUUCUCGUUUUUCAAGCCCUCGAGGCCCAAAACUCCGCAAGAGCUCGUGAAGGCGAUCAAAGAUAGCCUCAUAGCUCUCGACACCAAGACCGUUGCCGAAGUUAAAGCUCUCGAAAAGGCGUUGGAAGAAGUUGAGAAGAAUCUUGUGACCAUGAAACUCAUGCUUUCAGGAGAUGGCGAGGCUGAACCAAAUGUGGAUCAGAUUUCACAGCUGACACUUGAAAUCUGUAAAGAGGAUGUGAUUGCUCUUUUCAUUCACAAGUUGCCUAUACUGGGUUGGGAGGCGGGCGUGCAGGGGCGGAGCCUGGAUGGUUAUGCAAUGGGGGCAAUUUAA